AUGAUGGGAUCGCGCGCGUUUUGCGCUUCGCCCUAUUUGCGCGUCUGCUCCGUGUUGCUUCUCAUUCAAUUUGCCCAAACUCAGAGGACUCCAGGAGGGAGCGAGCAAAGGGGGGCUCUCCGGCAGACGCUGCAGUGGUCCCACAACGGGAAGGUCUUCAGCAUUCUGAGCCAGGGGGCGCAGUACGAGGCGCCGAAGCGGAGAGGAGGCGCGCAGCAGGAGCAGCAAGUGCAGCCGCGACCCGUCGCCAUCAUCCGGGAUGAGGAGGCGAAACCUCAGGACGCCCGGAGUCAGCCGGUGGUCCAGCAGCUGCCGCUCCAGAGGCUCCUGAGAGGCCGGCAUCCUCCCGGUGAGGGUCCCAGAGGGCGCGCGGGGACGCACCAAGAGCGCAGAGUCAAUGAGACCCAGGAGAAGGUGAACACGAGCAGGAUUGAAGACAUGAUGGUCGGUGAUGAUCCGUACGACCCAUACAAGUCCAGCGACCCUGAUAAUCCUUAUUACAAUUAUUAUGAUGUGUAUGAGAGGCCGAGGCCGAGAUCCAGACCCGGAUAUGGUACAAGGUACCAUCAGUACGGUCUGCCUGACCUUGUGCCUGAUCCAUACUACAUUCAAGCCUCGGCUUAUGCCCAAAGAGUCCCUAUGUACAGCCUGAGGUGUGCUGCUGAGGAAAACUGUUUGUCAAGUUCAGCCGACAGAGCGAGAGACUACGACACCCGGAUGCUGCUGAGGUUUCCUCAGAGAGUCAAGAACCAGGGGACGGCCGACUUCCUCCCCAACAGGCCACGCUACUCCUGGGAGUGGCACAGCUGCCACCAGCACUACCACAGCAUGGACGAGUUCAGCCACUACGAACUGCUGGAUGCCACCACGCACAGGUCAGUGGCAGAGGGCCACAAGGCCAGCUUCUGCCUGGAGGACACUUCCUGUGACUACGGAUACUACAGGAGAUACGCCUGCACUGCACACACACAGGGCCUGAGCCCAGGAUGUUACGAUACAUACAAUGCCGACAUCGACUGCCAGUGGAUUGACAUCACAGAUGUGAAACCCGGACACUACACCCUCAAGAUCAGUGUAAAUCCGUACUAUCAGGUCCCAGAAUCAGACUACAGCAACAACAUUGUGCGCUGUGACGUUCGCUACACCGGGAGCUACGCCUACGUCUCAGGAUGUCACAUGUCAACGUAAGUAUCAUACAUGAAAUGCUUAUCUGACGCAGGUUUUGCUUCUCUCCUUAUUUCUCUUGAUGUUUG